AUGACCGUGCACGGCGAGGACUAUGCGCCGGAGGCCCUUUUGGGACUCACACUUCUUCAGCAAUACGAUAGCUGCAAAGCUGAUGAUCAGUUGGUACGUCGGCCCACGGCCGAGGAGGUGGCUAAACUUGAGGAGAUGGCGGUGCCCGGGAUUCCUCAAGCGCCAAACAAAGUGAUAGAGGAUGCACGCAAGAUCUUGUCAUAUCGUGUCGCCCUCGGCCAUACCCGGUUCUUCUCGUGUAUUCCUUCUCCCGCAUCGCCUAUAUCCUGGUUCGGAGAUGCGCUCACCAACGCCUUCAAUCCCUUCGCGGGGAGCCUGGAGGCCGGGCCUGGGAUCUGUACAAUCGAAAAGGCCCUGAUCAAGUGGAUCGCAAAACAGUUCUCGCUCCCUCCGACGGCCGGAGGCCAGUUCGUCUCGGGAGCCUCAAUCGCAAACCUAACGGCGAUGACCGUUGCUCGGGAUCAGAAGCUAGAUGACUGUACCCGUGCAAAGGGCGUCGUCUAUAUCUCCGAACAAACUCAUUUCUGUGUCCGGAAAGCACUGCAUGUCAUCGGCUGCUCCGAAAAGCGGAUCCGCGUCAUUCCAGUUGACAAGAGGUUCCGGAUGGAUCUCCAACGACUUCGCCGCGCAAUCUCCCUCGAUCUGGACCAGGGGCUAUGCCCGUUUCUGAUCGUGGCAACUUGCGGAACUACCAACACUGGUGCCAUUGACCCCCUGUUGCAACUCAGCGCCAUCGCCAAAGCUCGAAAUAUGUGGCUUCAUGUGGAUGCGGCAUAUGGCGGCUCCGUUGCAUUCUCUCGGAAGUACAAUGAGCAGAUCGAAGGCCUCGGACAGGCGGAUAGCAUUGCGUGGGAUGCUCACAAAUGGAUGUUUCAGACGCAUGGCUGUGGUGCUGUCUUAUUUCGAGACGAGACCCAUCCACUAGACAGCUUCGCUGCCGGCGGCGACUACGUCCGAGACGUGAGCAUGGUGCGGGAUCCCUGGAACUAUGGUCUCGAGCUGACCCGACCUGCUCGCCAUAUGAAGCUGUGGUUUACCCUGCAGGUUCUGGGAACGGAGGCCAUUGAGCGGAUGAUCAACUGGGGAAUCGAGCUUGCUACGCACACCGAGGCCCAGUUGCGAGCGCUGGACAACUGGGAAAUCGUCUCCCCUGCAAACCUGGCCAUUCUCGUCUUCCGCUACGCUCCUCCCUGUCUGGAUCCGAGUCUGGUGAAUGGGUUGAACGAGAGAAUCUCCAGGGAUAUGAUCGCCUGCAACACUGCAGUAAUGUUUACAACGUUGCUAGAGGGAAAGGUAUGCUUGCGAAUGUGCACCAUAAACCCGAACAUAUCAUUGGCCGAGAUCGCAGAGGUCGUACAAGAAUUGGAUAAGAGUGCUACCAGAUGCGUCCACCAGACCAUGCAGACCAAGCACUGCAGGGACCAUUACCCAGGCCCGAGGAAGUAG